AUGACAGGGAAAGCGGGGCAUGUGAAGAUCUACCCUGCUCCUGAAUCAGCUCACACGCACGGGUCGUGGGAGAUCUUUGUGGAUAUCAAGGACGACGUCAACGCGUGGGGGGAUCACGGGCUUUUGAGCUCGCAGCUACACCCAGAUUUCCCAGCAGAGCCCUACCUGUUCCUCUUUUACUCUGUCGCACCCGAAGGAUGGGCGGGCGAGUGCGAACGCAUCGUCAAAGGACUGCCCUUCUGCGAGCAGAACGCGGUGUUGGAGCGUCUAAAGAUCGACGUAACCGUCGAUGAUGACGGCAUGUGCAGCGACUGGUCGUUCUCUGACUCCGAAAAUAACCGGGUGCGGCUCAUGGAAGACUGGUGCUCCUCGGCAGGCGCGCACCACAACGCAGCGAUGGAGUUCUACACGGACGGAUCCCUUCUGGUUGCCAACGGAGAUAGCUCGCAGGCCCCCUUCGACAGAGGUUACCCUGCAGAAGAUGGAACACCCGUUGAUCUGUGCUAUCUGGAUGACGAGAAGCAGCCGCAGGGGUACUUCAAGGCCCAGAACGAAGCAUUCCUGCAGGGGCACCUUAUCAGGAUCCACGCGGAAGCUACCAUGUACGACAGCGAGGAUCUCCCGUUGACAGAAUUAGACUAUGACGUGUGGGCCAAGGGGCUCCGCAAUCCGUUCCGGCUGGACAUUGAUAGACAAACAGGGGACAUUUACCUUGGGGAUGUCGGGGACAGCACGGCAGAGGAGAUAAACAUCUUGCGGAACCCUCUCGACGCGGCGGCGAGCUCACUGCCUGCCAACUUGGGAUGGCCUUGCGUGGAGGGCGGUGGCAUCCCUCUUCCUACCUACAACUGGAUUACGCAGUCAUGCGACGUGAACGACGACAACAACAAUUGCGACAUCUGCAAAGCCAUAUUUGCGUGCACGGCAGAGGCCUUGGGGGAUGUCGACUUGUGCGAUCCCGCGUACGUACCCCCAUCGUUUCAGUAUGACCAUGCCGGCUCGCUCACCACGUAUGACGGCCAAGAAGAUCGCUGUGACGGUGGGUAA